AUGCUGAAGGGAAACAUGCCUCAAAAGAAGGCCCCUUAUAUCGCUGCACCUGUCCACUCGGUCCUCAUCGUUGAUAAAGCCGAGGAGAGGGAGGAGGAUUCACUUGAUUCCGAAAGCAUGUAAGUUUUUAUAAAGUAGCACACACGUUGGGCCUUGGCUAUAUUGCAAUUCUUAAUAAAACUCGCUAAUUGUAAGUACAUAUAAUUCCAAGUUUUUGCCAGGUUUCAGCAAACUCUGAGCGUAGCAUGUGCAGCGCCUUCCCUGUCAAAGAGGGAACCUAGUUUCCCAUAAACCAUUUUAUUCGAAAAUUAAUUCGUUCUCUUUAUAAACGCAAAUAGUUAUAUUAUAUGUAUACAUGCAUACAAAGACACUGCAUGCUUUUCGUUUGUUUUCAACGGAAUAGAAAUACCAAUAAUACCUGAAUAUUUCAAUAAAAUUAUUUAUAGUUUUUCAAUUUUUACGGCUUUGACAUUUUUGAAAAUUCGGAAAUUUCGGUCUUUAGGAAGUCUUACAAGGAGCUGACGCUUUGCCAUUUCGAAUGUUUACGUAAGUAAGUAGAAGAUUUUGCACUCGUAAUCCUCCAAUGAAGUUUAAGGCAAAUGAAACGUAGAGCAUGGAUUUACUUUUAUUACAUGCCCAAUGCUUUUUAGAGCAAUAUACAUGACGGCGCAACAGGACACACGGAAUUUCCGAAACGCAUUUUUAACCGAAAUUGGCAACGAAAUAGACAAAAAUAUUACUCUGAGGGAACUGGUGGACGUUAUUGUUUGUGCUGGGAAAAACACAACAGUGGAAGAGUUGAGCAACGCAUAUCCUUAUAGUGAAGAUGCAGGUGAGGUUUUUCAGAAAGAUACUUGAGUUUUUUGUUCUUUUCUUUGCAAAAACCGCCGAAUAUAGUAUCUCGGCUGCGCUUGUACAUUGAAAGUUAAGGCUUCCAGGGACUAGGACAUGGCUUACAAGGGAAGUUCUCCAAGUGCGACGCUCGGAUUUUGGGGAAACUUGGCGCAGAUUUCGAUUGGUUUUCUUCUAACUUUAGAUAUAUCCGAGCUCCAAACUUGCGCUUUGCAGAAGGGUGUUCUACUCUCUGUCUGCUCUCUGCGCUUCGCGUGACCUCGCGGCCGCAAGAAUUGUUCAAUAUCUCGGCUGCGCCUGCAAAGCGCGAGCUAAGAAUUUCGGAAUAUGAGCGUCGCACUUGGCCUCCCUUUCUUAGGUCGGAUUGAUAUCAUAAAGUAAAAAAAUCUGGACUUUGAGCAAAUGCAACAAUUCAUCCUUUUUUCAGCCGAAAUAUCCUAUGACGAAGGCCUGUACAUUUUUCAAAAGCUUCCAGCCAUCGAAAUGGACAAUGCAAACCUGAUGGAAAAACUGGGAAACGGUGAUAUUGAUUACGAAAGGAUUAUUGAGGAGAUUAAAGACUCAAGCAUUGAAGACCUUGAUGACGUCAUCGACUUUCUUCAAAAAUGGAAGAAGCGGAAGUUCGAUGCAAAUGAAGUGAGAUAAACUAAAUUUUACCUUCGCAAUUAGCUCAUUUUUCAGAUUGAGACCGAGAUUAUGUCGACUCGCCAUCAGCUGUUGCAACUGAACGAAUCGUUGGUUCGGAAACAAAAACUGGAUGAUAAUGCAUUGCUAGCGCUGAAUUCGAGUACUGAGAGCUUGUCUUCAGUGUUUUCGAAUACAAGGAAUAGCCAAGUUCCGCUCGGUGAUCAAGCUCCUCCAGCGAUUAGCAGCGCCAGGAUGGGAACCAGCGCUGAAAGGGCAAGUUAUUCAUUUUUUAGACGUUACUCCUAUUUCAGGCGAUAUUAAAGUCGUUUGUAAUACAAAAAUCUCAUGAUCUCACCAUCUCUAUUGGCUACACUUUUGUUCUAACAAGAGCUCAACAGAUCUGCGUCGGGUUUAAGAUUAACGAAAAAAGUAGGUUGGGGGUUUGAAUUUACAGAUGAUAAAUCAGACGCUUUGAUAUUGCUGAAACCUGGCUGAGAAUUUGCCAGCUUUUUGAGGGAUAUUUGGCAGCCUUGGCUUGUAAUUUUUAAACAACCGCAGGGGCUGUUGUUUCGGGAAUUAGCCAAAAAUUUUACUUCGUUCUGUUGCAUAACUGGAUUUCAGUCGACCAAGAUCUGAACCGUUUCCAAAACCAUCUUAUUGGGUAUGUCACUUCCGACAGUUCAAGUGUAAUUGUUGCUCUAACCAAAAGAAAAGAUGAUCUGGUGAGUUGCUGACAUCGAAAAAAGACAGUUUUCAGUACCGCCGAAGCGAGUGGAUGCUUUUCCCACCGGGCUCCUACACCUUCUGCAUACGAUUCUUGAGGCCGCUAAAGGUGGUCGAACCUAACAAGGACGCGGAUAUCCUGACACACGAUGGGAAGUUGACAAAAGAAUACAAGUAUGCUCCAUUCGAUUUUUAUUGAUUAAAUAGGGGUUAAAAGCGCCAAAAAAGGUUAAAUAAUCCUUCAGGGUAAUGCUGAUGAACACUUUCGAUAUAUUUGACUUGGACGAUGACGGACUGUUAACCCGGGAAGAAAUGGAGACCUACAAAAUGCUCAGUGGAGGAGACAGAAUCUCACCAGAUGUGUGUUGAAGCUUUUUGAGCCACCAAUUACGCUGUGAUGACAAUUAAUCAAUGUAAUUUUAGGAUUGGGCCGCGCUAGAGAAAACUUGUCAAAUGCGAGAGAGAAUGCUGACAAUGAAAGGAUUUCUGGACAUGCAUCAACACGAGAUCAGAGCAAUGUCAGAGCGACAACGGCUCGAUCUGUGGGGAAAACUAAAAGAGCUCGGAUACAAUCGAAAAUUCUAUCUUAGCACGGUAAAUUCAUUUACAAGGAUUAUGUGACACUCUACACCUUCUUAAUUUUUAUAAAUGUCUGCACUCGGCCUUUGAAUAGGGUUCUCAAAUUUCCUUUGAAAAAACGGUUUUUGGUGCACAGCCGACCUAGAAUAGAACGUCUUCUUCACAGCCAAAAUCUCACAAAAAGCUAUCAAUUUUUUUCAGGGCUGUCCAGUCUGGAUCGAGCUUCAAACUGGGGAUGGCUUGAUACACAUGGACAACUUUGAAAUUGCAUAUUUUACUCCAGAGUCAGAUUGGCAACUACUCGAGUUUUAUUGGGAGAAUGGGACAAAUUUGCCGUAUUUGAAAGAAUUGGCAAGUGUGAGGCUGUAUAAGACUGACUAUUUCGCGGUCAUCGUUGCUGGAAGGAUGGUGAGUACAUGUGCAAAGUCUCAUGGUGAAAAAAUGCUUCAGCCAGAAAAAAUACGUUACAAAUUCGACCUGUCGGCUUCGAAUAACGUGAAUAUACAGGGCGAUGACUUGAUUCUCGAUGUCGAAGUGGAACCCGACGAGAUAAAGGUACGGUUGGAGAAAUGACAGCUUUUAAGACUAUUUUUAGAUCCUUACGGUGGCGAUUGCCCAAGGAGAAAGUUGGUUUUUAUGUGUGAAGAAACUUCUAGUCGAGCCGAAUCUAACUUAUCCGGCGGUGAUGCCGGGUCCGUCGUCUUAG